UGUUUUUCAGAACUUAUUCCCGCCAGACUAUAACUCCACUCACUCGUUCGUGAUCACCCUCGGACCGCAUGAACUGUAUGCGGUUCGGAGAGUCGUCAUGAUGCCGUGCACGCGACUGCGUUAUCGGCUUAUACUCUUUGACCUCGUCCUCUUCUGAUAACUGAAAAAAAAAGAACGGAGGCCUCGUGCCCUCCCAAAGAUGGCCGCCCCAGGCUUCUCCAUCAAUGACCUGAUCGGUGCGGCUAUUCAGAUUAAAAAUGUCUAUGAUGCCUUCUUCGACAAGUACUCGAACUCGGCAACGCAGUAUGAAGACCUCAUCCACGAGAUCACGUCCUUUGCGGAGAUUGUGGAAAUGAAUCGGGAGGCCUUUGAGAGAGCUGGGCUGCGAUAUGCGCAGUAUGAAGCGAUCUACAAGACCUUACGCAGAGGCUACGAUUUCCUCGAAAAGAACAAGCCCAUACUGUCGAACAAGAAGACCCCAGAGGCGAUGUGGAAGAUUGCCAAGUUUUCGUAUAGCCAGGACUACGUUCAGAAACUGAAAGAAACGAUCCGGGCUCAUAAGGCAGACCUAACAGCCCAAUCUGUCCUUCAUAUUCUGGACAAAACCACAACGCCAAAUAAUGGUCUAGCAGAAAAACAGGGUGAAGAGGUAUGGGAAAAAAAUAAUCAGCGGCGGCCAACCAUCAAUAACCAGAACUAUCCCGUCUCGCCAACCCUGGGAGGCCUUCAGAUUCCAAACAUACCCACCCCAGACAACACGAUAAUCAACAACAAAUACCAAUAUGUGACGGUCCCUGUGAGUCCUAGCAGAAGCUCUCCGAACAGAACCCCUCCGAGCAGAAGCCUGGAAAAGCCCGGGUUCUAUCACGACAGCCAGACUCUGUCUCCGCAUCGGCCUCCAUCGUCAUAUGGACCAAGCCCACAGAACAGCCCCGAGCUCUCGACGGCCGACACUAUCAGGAGCUCCAUCAGUCCCCGCAGUAGUCCCGUCCCUCCGCCAUCCAGCCGCCUAUCUAGCAUCGCAUCACCGCAGCUCUCCUCAUGCCCCGAGCUUAUUCUGCCACAGCCUGCGUUGGAUUACGUCGUUGCUGAGGUAUUUUUUGGUACAAGUAAAAUACCCAUCAGGCGCAAGCCUGCUGGACGGCCCUCUACGUCACCAAAGUCUCCUGGCCGCGAACUCGUCAUCAUCAAUGAGGAGAACAAAGAGCGGCUAAAGCACCGAAUCAAGCUCGGUUCGACACAGCGCUGCUAUCCAUAUACCUGGAACAGCGGAACCCACCCCGCUCUGGAGGUGACAUUUACCCAAGGCAGCCACUCCCUAUAUUUCAAAGGCAAGCCGCAAGACCUCGGAACGACCAUCCCGCGCUACGUAUUCGCCAAUAUCGCCGACUUCACUGACUUCCAGUCCGCCGUGCGCAACAAGUUCUUCCUCGGCGCCUUUGCCGUAAACAAGAUCUCCUCCGAGACGUCCCGAAGAAAUGGUGACGCGACUUACCAGCACCUCAAGAUAUGGCGCGACAAGGAGACGGGCCAGUGCUCGCUCUCCUUCUAUGGAAAUUCUCUGGAGAAGGCGAGGGAUCUAGACUUCCCGUUCAAGUAUAUCAAGAGGGACCCCGAGCCGACGAAGAGCGACAAGGAAAUUGUCCUUCGCUUUGAUCCGCUUCCGUUGAGUCAGCUCCGCACUACAUCUCCAUCAAUCAGACAGGGAUAUUUUAGCUCAUCGUCUGAGUCUGAAUUCACCCACUCCCGCACCAACACCUUCAGCACCAUUACCACAGACCGCACCACAUCAACAGGCUUCUUCAGCCGCCGCUCCACAGCCGCCUCAGCCACAACAGCCGCCACGAGCAUCGCGACCAUCACACCCGGCUCACGCGCCCCGUCCUUCGGCAGCCAACACUCCGACAGCGGACAUUCGGUUACAAGUGACCGGCCGCCGCCGACGACGAUGGAAGAUCUAACGCGGAAGAUGAAGUUUCUCAAGAUUGCAUUUCCCGAUGCUGGAGAAGCAACCCGCUUCCGCACCGCCUACAAAACAGCCAUCGACGACACCCCCUCCCUCCCCAUCGACUUCACCCGCGUCGACUGGCGCGGUCACCCCCACCCCAACGCACGCCUCUCAUCCAUGAGCGCACCCGCGGCGGUAAAGAGCGGGUAUGCAGAGCUCGAAGGUACGAGGCCACGUAUUAACGGUAGCACAUACACCGUUGAGAUGGAGGGCGAGGGGAGGUUUCCAGCAGAGAUGGGGGAAGGGGGAAGGUUCCCGGCUGAGAUGGGGGGGGGAGGCGAGUAUGCGGUUGAGAUGAGCGGGACGAAUAAUUAUCCUGUUGAGAUGGGGGAGGCGGGGGUGUAUGCGGUGGAGUUGGGGGGUGGGGGGGCGUAUCCGGUGGAAAUGGGGGGGGGAGGGGAGUAUCCUGUGGAGAUGGGGGAGAGUGGGUAUACGGCGGGGAGGUUUUCGGCUGAGAUGAAGGGGACGCCGGAUCUUUGGUAG